AUGGACAUUGAUGUACUCGCAAAGCUUGCAGAGGAGGCAUUGACAUCUCCAGACAAGGCUGUACGCGAUAGGGCUGCCGCUAGACUCCGUUUUAUGAGCUGCUUUGACCAUUGGGAAGAAGUAAAGAGUUUGCUGCCGCUGUGCCAGAGUAAUUACUUGCGUUUUAUUAUAUGCAAAGCGAUGCAUUUUGUUGUAAGUAAUGAAUUAGGACCCAAGGAACGGAAAUAUAUUCAACUGUAUGUUCUGGACUACCUGACUAUGAUGCGUGAGCGCGGUGAAGAGCUUCCAUUAUAUGUUAAAAAUGAGUUGUAUUCUAUUUAUGCAUGUGCUAUCUACGUGAAUUGGAGGCUGGAAAUCUUAUCCAUGGAGCAGGGCUCUGAACCGAUUGGAAUGUCCAUUGUAGGAGAACUUUCUUCUCGUUUUCCUGUAAGCGAUUUGCUAGACUGCAUACUGGAGGUGCUUACAUACUUUGCGCAAAAAGAAUCAAUUGAUGGUUUGCAAAGCCUGCGAUCGAAUUUUGUAGAGGGAUUUAUUCCGAUUGUUUUUAGUUUUAUUGUGACCCAAUUUUCUUCCUGUCUAAAAGGUGCACUCGAGGUGUGCUGCACUAUCAUGGAGAUUAUGUCAACGCGUUGUCCUCCAGCACUUAUCACAGUGAAAAACAAGACGGAUGAAAGUAUCUUUUUGGAGAAGGGUGAAAAAUGGUUUCCUGCGCUUUCACUACUUGUUGAUGGUUGCAUUCAAAUUCUUUUGACGUAUCAGUCCCUGGAUUUGAGAGGAAAGUGUGUCCGGUUUCUACGAAUGGCCUCUUCGAUAAUUUGUGUCGACCCUGAGUGGCUUCAGUCGCAAAACAAGUUAAGUGACUCGUUUCUUGAACUGUUUUCCAGAUUACCUUCUCUGUAUAAGUCCAGUGGAUUGCCGCAACUGUUACAAUUAGGCUGUGCAGUUCUUGUAAACGUAUCUGACCGCGACGAAGGCAGGGUUUCAAAUUAUUUGUUGAAUCGCCCAUAUCUUAUUGAGCAGUGGGAAGAGGCGGUCAUUGGUGUGCUGGAAAGAUGGGAGGAUGGUGAAGAAGAGCUUCGCCAGGAACUUAUGCAUUUGUUUUUCCUCCUUGGUGAUCGUGUCAUUCCUUGUUUGGCGGGAGAAGGUGAGAAUACACGGGAAAUGCCGAUCAUGAGAAGCAUUAUGCAAGUAUCCCGGUGUUACUUUGACAAUGUUGUUGCCAAAGCACACCUUGCUGAGGAUUCCUACGAAGCACGCUCCGAUUUGGGUAUUAUGUUACACAACGAAAAGACCCUUUUGCCUAUUGCCGAAAUGCUGUUUUGCGAGAAAAUUGACAUCUACGGCAUUGUUGCACAGCGGUUGCGAAGUACUAUUGAGCAGUAUGAGUUGUGCGUGCGUAUCCGGGAGACCGGUGAUUCGGAUGGGAUGGGUGAUCUCUUGUUGUCUCUUGCAGUGAAUGUGCAGGCCGUAUUUCCUACCCUCACUGCAUUGGAUGCACCCCUUUUUCUUAUGCAUGUCUGCUUAUCGCGGCUUUCCGUCAUUAUUUCUACCGUGGCGAUUGCCGUGUUAAAUAACGCAGCACAUCAAAGCGAUGAAUUGGUUGGAAUUCUAGCUCGGUUUGCGCGUGAGUUGCUCUCUGUGGAUGGUACAUUGACCAGCGCUCUUUUAACGAGUCUUUCUCUGGUAGAUGUAGAGGAUGAUGAUUCUCAACUUUCUUCAACGACAGGAGGAGGUAAAGUUCACUUGGGCAUAUUACGUGCCCUCUUUUUUUUCUGUGUGUGUCUAUAUGAGUCUUUUUCUGAGCCCUCUAGUGAAUUUUAUGAAAUCAUGAUCAGCUUGUUAUGUUACGUUUACUUACACCACAGCGAAAAGGCAUGUCUUACCCAUGAUGCAAACCUCCUACUUAAUAGGGUGCUAAUGCAGGGUGUAUGCGGUUUUUUUUUGUCAUCGGAAAAGAUGUUCUCCAUUCUUAUGGCGAUGAAGGAGGAACGAAUUGAGCUCCUCCGUAUCACUAGCGAUAAACUUACUGAUGAGGGGAGAAAGGCCCGCUCUAGAAUGCUUAGCACCCUGACAUCCUUUACUGAGUGCCGUCAUUAUGCGGGAUUCCCAACGUUGGACCUUAUCUCUUGUAUCGUCACCCGAUCAUUGGAUGUGGAUCGUUUAACGGCGGAUCCUCAUUCAGUUUUUUAUGACUUGUGUGCUAUUGCGGAUGGCAUCAAUCAGGUGGAAAGCCUUUAUUGCUUGCUGGAUGCUCUACUCAAACGGAGUCAGGAAAUAGAGGAUCUGCUUCGGGCUUUACCUGCAAACGCACCCUUAUUGCUGCGGUUAUGUGCCAAACUCUGUAACUUGGCAACACGUUUAUUUGUGGAAGAUAACAAAUGUGAAACACGUUGGGGGUUGGUUGGCUUUGCUUUCCGUGCCGUACAUGGUGUCAUGCACACACUGGGUUUGUCAAGCUCAAACUGGAAGGGAUCAAUAGAAGAAAUCCCGCCGGGUGUGGUGAGUGAGAUUUAUGUGUAUGAUGUUGCAGACAUUAUUUACAGUAUGAUUAGUGGUGAAUGGUGCAACUUGGGUGUCGCAUUGUUUUACAGUAAAGAUUUUAUUUUUUUAUACGGAGGUUUUCUCUCGCUUCUUUUUUCCGUACCUGCCGAAUUGGUGAUGGCGCACAAGAAUUCUCGUGAACGGGUGUUUAAUGCGCUUAUGAAGACUUUUUUGUCAAGUGGAAAUCUUGGGAUUGAGAUAAAAGAAUUUUUGGACACCCACUUUGUGUGGAAACGGUUGUUGAAGUAUUUUGUGAAUUGUUUGCGCUACUCAUUUAUGCCAGCUAUCAUUUGUGCGGUGGAUGCGUUUUUUACUUUGUUGGAAAAUACUUCUGCGCAUGGCAGCUCGUUUGUAGAAGAUAAAACCAUUGGUGACCUUUUUGAGGAAUUGGCGGUUCAUAUUACAGUUUCUCCAUAUAUGGAACUAAGGGAAAUUGGUUUAUGUAUUAAGUUGCUGACGAAGUGCAUCCAAUUUUGUGGUGUUGUGUGCACUGAGAGGAUGGAAAAACUGCUGGACUUCUGCACUGCGUACCACCGUGUCCGUCUUCGCCAUUUAUUUACAGUCAUUUGUUCUGGUAACGAAGAUGCGCCCGCGUCUUACACCACGGUGUUCGGCAGGGAAUCGAAAGUUCAAACCCUCUCCGCGUGGUGA